UUUUAUUUAUCAUUUUAAGUUAAAGAUUUUUAAUAAAUUAAAUAAAGGGGAAUUAUCGUUUAAACUUGGGGCUUAAAUCUUAAACAAAAAUUAUUUAGUGUAAACAGCGGCUGUUCCAUAGAAAUUUUGGAGAUAUAGUUCGUUGUUUUAGUCAUACUCUCCUUUUGUAAUUAUUAUAGUUCAUCCUCUGCAAAGAAUACCAAGCUUACUUCUGUGUACUUUUAGUUGUAAUUUAAUGUACAGUAUUAUUCCCUAAUAUCAUGUAAAUUAUUUCUUGUAUAUAAUAAUGCCUAUCCUUCCUUCUUAUCUCUCAAAUUACGAUAUGAAGAUGUCCAACAAUGUUAUCGCAACCACCGGAGCUUGUUUGACUCUUUUGUUUGGGAUUGCAAUUGUGUUCUCAAAAUGCUCCGGGGAGUUGCCAGGGCUCUCGAUUGGAGCUCCUGUAGAAAUCUGUAAAACUAGGCUUUCUUUUACUUCGUUUUUUCUCAAAAUUAAACUAUUUUUCAUUGCUCUACAUAGAUUAACAUACUAUCCCACCUACAGAAAGUUUAAUCAGGUUUUGAUUGAACGAGCCAAGAGUAUUAACGACAGCGAGGCUGUAACUGUAAAAGUUAAGACCUUUUACUUCUCCAGGCACGGCGAGUCCGUGUAUAACGAUCUCACCAUCAAUAGAAAUGUAUUUAUAAUAGUAUUAAAAACCAUGAGACUCAUAUUAUUUGAGACGCUUUUGUUGUUCACUAAUGAAGUUCUAACUUAUGAUUCCCCGCUGAGUACAGAGGGGAUUUCAAAAUCACUGAAUGCAGCCCAGUUUUUAUCAUCACCUAAGAACCAAAAUGACCCCGACAUAUCCAUAUUAAACGGGAAGUCGACAGUACCCUCAGUUAUUUUAACAUCGUACUUGAGGCGUGCUCAAGGCACAGUUUCACUUUUAUUCCAAUCCCGCUUAAGCACCAACGAUGAGAAUAUUUUCAUAACCCACGAACUAGAUGAAGUUGUUAGGAAUCCAGAUUGCAUUCCUAUGCACAGUGUUUUUGACUACAUCACAUUCCCACUGCUGGAACAGCUGUACACUCCCCAGUCUUACUAUCGAUACUUGAGGUUGAAGUCAGUUGAAGAGGAUCCUUACGACAUUACUAACCCCUACUAUAAAAUUUUAAGAUUCUUCGACAGGGUUUUCCACAGAUUUGACGAGGAUGUCAUCAUCGCAGUGGGCCACUCGAGAUGGAUCAGAUACGCCAUGAGAAUAUUCUUUCCACAGAACUCCGUUGAUUUUGACAUUUUAAACAAGAAACUGACCAACAAUGGGAUUAUCAAGGUUGAUGUUCACCUGAAGAAGAGUCCUGGCGGAGACCACAUGUACAUGUUCGAUCCCAAGUCUUUUAGGAUUAUUUACGGUUCUUUUAAAUAAUAUUAUAUCAUGUACAAA